AUGAACGGUGUUACCUUUGACUUUAACGAAGAGUGCCUAAAUGCUUUUAAGGUACUUAAGGAGAAGUUAUUCUCGGCACUGAUAGUUGUUGCACCAAAUUGGGAUAUUCUAUUUGAAUUGAUGUGCAAUGCAAGUGAUUGUGUAGUGGGGGAAGUGUUGGGCCAACAUAUUGAUAAGGUAUAUUGGUCUAUUUAUUAUGCUAGUAGGACUCUCAAUGAUGCACAAUUGAACUAUGCCAUAAUAGAGAAGGAACUCCUCGCAAUAGUAUAUGCAUUUGACAAAUUUAGACUGUACCUCAUUUGCAAAAAAGUAAUAGUGUAUACUGACCAUUAUGCUAUCAAGUACCUGAUGACAGAGAAAGAUGCAAAAGCCCGCCUCAUUAAAUGGGCCAUACUAUUGCAAGAGUUUGAUAUGGAGAUCGCGAUGAGAAGGAAUAGCUGUGAAGGUAUGCAAAGUGGAUUCUAUUGGCCAAAUUUGUUUAAGGAUGCUAAUUCUUUUGUGAAGGCAUGUGAUUGUUGUCAACUGGACUAUGUGUCAAAGUGGGUUGAGGCUGCUGCAACAAAGGAAAAUGAUGGUAAAAAAAUCAUAAAAUUUUUGCACAAGCACAUUUUCACAAGGUUUGGUACUCCCAAAGCUCUCAUUAGCGAUGAAGGGACUCAUUUAUGCAAUAAGCAACUUGAUGCUCUACUUGCUUGGUAUGGAGUAUACCACCGCACUGCUUUACCAUAUCACCCUCAAUCGAAUGGUCAAGCUGACAGGGAGGUGAAAAGUAUCAUUGAGAAGACGGUAGAUAGGUCCAGGAAAAAUUGUUCUAAGAAGCUUGACGACAUUCAAAACUCCAAUUGGGAUGUCUCCUUAUAG